UUCUCCUAGCUAGCCUCCCUCCCCGGAGGCAUUUACCUUAAACAGAAAAAAAAAAUCAAAAAAAAAGAAAAUUGAAAAACCCAGAAUUAUAUGUAGAGAGAACUUAGGCACAACAAUGGCGAUGACAGAGAGAGUAGGUGUUCUAAUUAUGUACUUUGCACUGGUUUAUCAUGUGGGUGCUGCGCAAAAAGUAAUGCCAGUUGCAGGUCCUGAUAUCUUCAAGAAUAAAAACACAGCUCUGGAUAAACUUCUUCCAGGGGAAAAGAUAAACAAUGUCAUAAGCUUCGGGGCCAAACCUGAUGGCAAGUUUGACUGCACUCAGGCUUUCAUGGAUGCAUGGCAAGCAACUUGCCACUCCAAAGUGCAAGCGAGGUUUCUGGUUCCAGAAGGAACAUUUUUGGUUUCUUCCAUGUUUUUCGCAGGUCCAUGUUCCACUCCAGAGCCCGUAACAAUCCAGGUUGUAGGCACUAUUGUGGCUACAACAGAUCUCAGUGAAUACGAGAAUAACGAAUGGCUUCUGUUUGAGGACAUGGACGGUAUAAAACUCAUUGGUGGUGGUACCUUUGACGGUGUCGGAAAGAAAUCAUGGAAAACGGCUUCCAACUGUAAAGAAAAACCCCACGUAGCAUGUGUCAGAAACCCUUCUAGUAUAUAUUUCCACAGAAUUAAGAAUGGAAUUAUACAGAACAUUAAAUCCACAAACCCCAAAGGGUUUCACAUAUUUGUGACUAAUUGUGCUAACAUCAGACUCCGACGACUUAAACUCACUGCACCAGAUGAAAGCCCCAACACCGAUGGAAUUCAUAUCAGCCACUCCAUCGGUGUUAAAGUAGCCAGAAAUACCAUUGAAACUGGAGAUGAUUGUAUUUCCAUGAUACACGGAUCCCACCAAGUUUCCAUCAACGAUGUCAAUUGUGGUCCUGGACAUGGUAUAAGUAUAGGUAGUCUGGGAAAGUACGAGGAAGAGUUAGAAGUGAAAGAAAUUCGUGUGAAGAACGUGUCGAUGGUUGGUACACAGAAUGGGUUGAGAAUCAAGACAUGGCCCGAUCUGUAUCCUGGUCAUGCAUCAGAUAUCAGCUUCAGCGACAUCACCAUGCAAAACGUUAAGAACCCUAUCGUCAUUGACCAAGAAUAUCAAUGCUCUUCACAAUGCAAGGCUUCGCUUGUAAAGAUCAAAGAUGUUGUUUUUUCAAAUAUAAAGGGAACCACUACAACGCCAAUUGCAGUGGAUUUAAGGUGCAGCAACAAGUUCCCUUGUGAAAGUAUUAAACUUGAGAACAUAGACUUGUCGCUUAAAACCAAACCUAGUGGAUCUAGAUGUGCCAACAUUAAACCAAUUUACAAGGGCUUGCAAAACCCACCAGGUUGUCUAUAAAGCAUGCAUUUUUCAGCUCUCACAAUAAAAAAGUAAUGUUUUUGACAGUUAUUAGACCAAAAUGGAGAACAUGUGGCACAUGUAAAGGACAGGGGAAAAUGUUUUGAAGGAUGGUUUUGAAUACCAGUUAAGUUUUAGUUUUCUCUGUAUAUAGAAAAGCCAGAAAUUGUAUAUAAAGUACGAUAAUUAAGUACUUACGAACUCUCUUACAUGUAAAAGAAAUUAAAGAAA